CACGUCCGACUAACCCAAUCUGACAGACUUCGUACGGCGUCGUUGUGUAUGCUAGCGAUUAUUUUGACCCGAGACCGAGUCCACAGCUGAUAGCGCGUCACGUACGUCGCAGUAGGUGAUAGCACGUUGUAGCAUCGCGAACAUGAAUUUAACGCCCAGGAGAUCGUACAGGGAAAGACGUUCAUUCGAUCACAAACGACACAUUUCUUUCAAACAACGAUCCUUUAGUGCUGAGGAAAUUAGAAAACUACACCCGACUAAAAUUCCCGUCAUUGUGGAACGUUACAAGUUAGAAAAUCAGCUGCCACUCUUAGACAAAAGUAAAUAUUUAGUACCAGAUUUUCUAACUGUGGCAGAGUUCUGCAAAAUAAUCAGACGUCGGCUACAGCUGAAUCCGACACAAGCCAUUUUCUUACUAGUGAACCAGAAGAGCAUGGUGAGUGGUAGUUUAACCAUGGCUGAAGUUUAUCAAAGUGAAAAAGAUCCAGAUGGUUUUCUGUAUGUUGUAUUUGCUAGUCAAGAUGUAUUUGGAAACCAUUAACUCGAGCAGGAAUAAUUUUAAACCAAGUAAAAACGAAAUACCUCCUCGGCACUUAAUGAUACUUUGAUAGAUGUUUACGUGGAAUUUUGUGGGGAUUCUAGAUCUGCUAGCGAUUUUAUCUGCCUUUAAUUGAGAUGUGCAGAAUCUUUGUGAUCAACUGACGGUACCUGUUGGAAUAAUUAACAGAACAAUCAUAGAAUUUGUUUUUUGAAAUCUAUACUAUAUAAAAUCAUUAUGGUGCUUUCUAUCCUAUUGACAAACGGAUAAAUUACACUUGAUAUAAGUUAGUAUAGCUAUUUUAGUUUACUAGCGGUAAAAACAAAUUCUAUUAAUAAUUCUAGUGAUGAUAGGCCAUACAAAUGGUAAUAAGGUAAUAUAUCUAUUGAACAUGCUGCAGGUGUUUUUUCUAAUAGAUCAAAAAUGAGAUUGAUAAUUUUUAUCUUUCAUCUCAAGCUCAUUUUUACUUAGUAAGAUCAUGAUCUUGAUAAGUUUUACAUAUGAUAUUUGUUCAAUUGGAUUAAUCUCUUACAGAUAAUUUAUGUAAUAGGCCAGUUUUAAUUUGUUUGCAAUUUAUAUAAAAUUUUUUAUAUCAUAUUUCAUAUAUUUUUUAAAUACAAAAUUUUAUCAUUAUACAUUUAAAUUGAAAUCAAAAUGUGUUUAUCAGUUCAGCAGAGUUCUCUUUGUUAAAUUCCAUUGAUAUUUCUGACUAAUGCACACUUUUUUAUUAUUAAUUGUGUUGUAUUCCUGAAAUUAUUCUUUUUGAUAGCAAACAUAUGAAUUUCACAUGAUGAAAUUUUCUUUUGCUAUCAUAAUAUUUUUAAGUAUUAUAUUUGCUAUACAGUGUUAAGAUAUUGAUAAAAGUGUUCAUGUACAUAACAAUCUGCAAUGUAUGGUGAUAUGCGUUAAAUUCUUGUAAAAUUAUAUUAAGUUUUACACAAGAUAUAAAAUUGAUCUCUAUUCAAUACACGACAAAGAUAAUUAAAUACAAUACUGUUUUAACCAGCAAACUCAUCAGGGCAAUAUUUUAAGGUAAUCUGAUAUAGAAUACAUUCUUUCUGUAGAAAACUUGUGUGCAAUAAGUCCACAAAACAUAUAAAAUGCAAAAAUUUAAUGUUAACGGACGAGCAAGAAGAUCAGAAAGGUGCCGAAGUUUCUAAAAGUUUUUAAAUAUCAGAUAAAACAUAGUUGCGCGUUUGUACAUUGAUAUAAUAGUCUCUCUGAGCUUUUUUUAAAUUCUACUUUAUACGAAUGCCAAUCCAUAUUGCGUCUAUGUAAUGUAAUAGCCACGUUUAUGUAAAUAUCUAUUAAUAUGUCUUAACUUACAUUGUACUCUAUAAUCAGAUACAAUUUUAAGCGUAAGAAUAUCUAAUAAUAGUCAAAUUUUGUAAUGCAUUGAUACGAUAUAUUAUUGUGGCGCUUUUAUGCGAGUUGAUUUUAUUUUAUAGAUUCAUUGGUACAUGUAUCGUAAUUUUAUGUAUGUAUCGUACAUCACAAUCAUCGUACAACAAGAAGCAAGAUACUUGCUGAAUGGAAUUCAGAAAAUAUCCCAAUCGUUUUAAUCGCACUUUCUUAUGCUUUCUACGCUAAAAUGUGUGAAAUAGGUAUAUGUCCGAGUUAUGGAGAGAGAAAAUAGACAAGGAACAAAGUGUAAGAGGAAUGCAAUUAAAACGAAUAUACCUACAGUUUAAAUUAAGGACAGUAGUGAUCUAGCAAUAGUCACAUCACGUUUAGUGGUAACGCUUUCGUGAUGAAUGUUGAAUGCGGAAAAUUAUAUGUACCCCACACUACGCGACAUGUUUGCAAUAAAUAAUUUUUUUUCAUAUAUCUUCAUAAUCCUCCAUCGUAAAAUACAUCUUUGUAAAAUAUUUUAUUAAAGUAUCCUUCGUGAACAAAAUAGUGCCUUUACAAUAAAAGCAAUUCUUUU